GAGAAUUGGACCUACUCUACAAGUUGUCAGCUGCUGGUCGGAGCAAUUCGAAUGUGUGUCGUAACCUCCACCGGCUGAUUCAUCGAGAGGGCCUCUCGGUGCCUGUUCAAAUAGACUUUGUGGACACGGUUGUGAGGAAGCGAAGGCCACUCGUGAAAAAGGUGGCUGUGUGCUAUCCAGUGAUCUACCCCAGCUCAUGGAUGAAGUUCCUACUGCAGAAUCACAGCCACCUCAUCCUAGGCGGAGUGGAACUUGAGAAACUGCAGGAAUGGCAAGCAAUGCUGUCUGAGUUUUGGACAUUGUACAAGCAUUGUGAUCAUGAUGGCGCGGGUGUGAUGAGUGGGCCCGAUGCACCCCCAGCCCACUGCACAGUGGAGACAUCUACGGGACCUAUCAGGAUCCACUUUGCCGUCGUGGGCGUCAAAGGAGACUGGGUCUUCUUGAGGAAGGAAUGGUACAACAUGUCCUCCGAUGCCCCGUGGCGUAGUGGUGGUGAGGGCCCGACACCAUUCAAGCGGAGCGGAUCGCCAUUCUUCAGAGUUCCUGGGCUCAACCAUCCGCAGGCUGCUUUGGUCGAUCCAGCACAUACAUGGCACAUGGGGUCGACUCGACAGCAUCUAGCACAAUAUGGUUUAUUCGGUACGUGUUCUUUGGGGUCAUGGGGGUUGGCUACAUAG